AGUGAAUCAUUGUCGACAACCAUAAACAAAAAGAUUGUGAUUGUCAUGUUGCUUAUGAUUUUGAAUUUGCAAUAACUUAUUAUUCAGUAUACUGAAUGAUUGAAGUAUGGCUGAAGAUAUAGAUGAUUUGCUUGAAGAGGUCGAGUCGAAAUAUUUGACGAAGGACAUUAAAAAGGCUAGAUCUUUGAACAAUCGAAAAGAGAAAAGGGAUAAUGAUUAUGACAUAGAUGAUUUACUGGAUGACAUACAAGUAGAACCAAUUCCAAAGGCUUCUAGAUCUGUUCCCAACAAUAUAUCAGAUUUCCGUCCCACCUCAGGAAGAAAGUGCUUCCCAGUGUAUCUUGGUGGUUCAAUGUGUUCUCAGGGCAUAGCAAGUUCCGUUAGCCAAAGGGCCUGUGAUAAGCUGCGAUGUACAUCGUGCGACUUCAAAGUGUGUUCAUUUGACAAUUUUGAAUGGAGUAGGGAUACUGACUAUUUGUUCCUCCGGAAUAAUGCUCCAGACUAUGAAAGACUAAAGACAAAUAUGGUACCUAGAAAAGGCUCUCGUGCCUACUGCUGUCAGUGUUGUCACCGCUCCAUUACAGAAAUAACAAAGUUAGCCGACCCUCAACUCAAAUGGGUAUGUGGCAAACACUGAUGUUCAACUCGGCUCUCAAUUUCACCAAGUGGAUUAAUUAUUACCUGUACUGCUCACCUGUUUUUGUGACUUCUGUGUCAUGUAUUUAUUGUGCAUGAGAGAAUCAAGUAUUGAUUCAAGUUCACUAAACAAUUUUAAAUAUGUUGAUGCAAAUUAUGAAACAUCGUACAUGUUUAUACAUCAUAAGUUAUUUUUGUUAAAACAAUGUGUUUAUGUUCACUUUGAAAAUUUUCAUGACAUGGUAGGUAAAGUGUUGUUAUUGAAAAGGAUGUUUCAUGUUGUCAGAUAAAACUAGUCACACCAAAUUUAGGUCAACAAUAGAUAAUAAGUUUCUUCUUCCUUCAUGUUGUCAAAAUCUUAGAUACAAGAAAAUAGAUUAGGAGUUUGUGAGUGACUUGAUAGCAUCUGUUACUCACUCUAUGUUGACUGCAGUUGUAUGGUUUAUGGAAAUGAAGCACAUAUCUGUUACAUUCACAGAAACCAAAUUAUUCAGACAAAUAUUUUACUUCCUCUUAAUACUUAAGAAACAAUGCAGAUAAUUCAUGCAUUUAAGUGUAAAAUAGGUAUUGUAUCAAUGUAAAGAUUUUUUCCCUUAUUGUAUGCAAAUUUUGUUGCAUGUAAAU